AUGUUAUCAUUUGUAUCUGGAGCACCUAUACGAAAUUCGAAUUCAUAUUGGGUAUUUUGGUAUUAUAAUAAUAACGGAAGUAGGAAUUGUGGUAAUUUUUGCUAUAUAGUAUUUAUAUUAGUGGGACUAAUAUUAUUGUGUAUAUGUGGAUGCGGAUGUUUACGAUGCUAUCUUAUUAGAAAGCAGUAUUCAUCAGAAAGGUUGGAAAGUAAUAUGAAUACUCAACAAAUACUUGAUCAAUGGCAACAAGAAUUACAAAUGACAGAAAUGAAUCAUCAAAAUCAAAUAAUCGCUCAACAACAACUACAGUAUCCUCCACUAGCUCAUACUAAUACCCAUAACUCACAAUAUCCUUCAUUAAUUCCUGCAAGGGAUAUAACUCCACCUCCAUACAAUAAUAAUACUUUUAACGAGGAAAUACAUAAACAUGCCUUAAGACAAGAAUCAAAUUGGACAGCUUAUAAAGCCGGAAAACAAUUUACAAGAGAAAAUCCACCCAAUGAAAUAUUACCUCCACAAGAUCAUUCAAAUUAUAUUAAAGAAUUGGGAGGUGUUGAAGCAUGGAAAUUGGUACCUGAAUCAAGCAUCGUACAAUUAAAUAUUGUCAAUGUUACAGAUGAUUUUAUUUUAUCCUUUCAUGCUAAAUUGGAUGCUAUGGUGCAAUCAAAUUAUCCAUUAAUUGAUAUGAAAUAUUCAGCAGAUAGCGAAAUUGCUAGAGUUAAUAAUUCUAGCUCAUGUUCAAUAUCUUCAACUAACAGUAUCACAUCCCCGUCAAAUAACAACAAUAGUCGAAAGAAAGUAAACAGUAAUAGAUUGACCUUGAAUACGAAUCGUGUAAUGGAUUCAACGAAUUUGAGUGAUUCAAGUAAUAUUAGCCCUAUUACUACACAUUCAAAAUCAAAAUUACUUUCCUCCCGUAACUCUCCUUCAUCUCCAACAAAUUUAACGAUUCUGACCAAUCCAAAUAAAGAUACAACGAUUGCGGUUGGACUUGCAACUAAACCAUAUCCAACUUUUAGAUUACCUGGAUGGAAUAAUCAUUCAGUUGGAUAUCAUUCGAAUGAGGGUAAAAGGUUCCAUAAUGAUGGUUUAUCCGGCAGAAAAUAUGCCGAAAAAUGGGGUGAGGAAAACGACGUAAUAGGUUGUGGAUAUUACCCGAAUACCGGACAAGUUUUUUUCACUAAAAAUGGCAUAAAUAUGGGCAUUAUUUGUACUGGAGUAAUUCAUAUUUGGUUCCCAACAAUUGGUUCCGAUGGUGUUUGUAGUUUGAAAGUUAAUUUUGGUCAAGAAGAAUUCAUAUAUAAACCUGCUGAUGGUAUGAGUGUUGCUGGCGUAAUACCUAAAGUCACAGAUCAAAAUGUCCAAGAGAAAAAUUAUGAAAGGAAAUUUAACUUAGACGAUUCGAAAAAAGAAAAGAUGGUUAUCAAUUGA